ACGCGCAGCGAAGAAUGCGCCCUCCCGAGACGCGAGCCUACCUACGUAGAUGGAGGCGGUUGAGAGUGAGCGUGAGGCUAGGAAACCGCACGUAUUAGUGAGGUGUGGCUCGGCGGGGUGCUGGGACCGCGCACGCAGGGGGCGGCGGCGCGUUCCUGCGUUGAAGUCAGAAAGUUGUGUCCGACUACUGGGGACCGCUCCGGCUGAGCGGCGGCAACAUGGACGACCUGGACGCAUUGCUUGCUGACCUGGAAUCCACAACAUCUCAUAUUUCCAAGCGUCCUGUGUUUUUAUCAGAGGAGACCCCGUAUUCUUUUCCCAGUGGAUGUCAUACGUAUCAGGAAAUUUCUGUGUCAACUGGACCUACCAGUGAGUCUCUCAAUGGCACGGUUACAGACCCCCUGGAUUCCUGGACCAGCAGCUCCAAUAAAUUUUCCCAGCAGCAGAAUCCCCUCCACAGUUCUCUCCCAAAGGAGAGUGUGGGCUCCCCCUCUGCUGGAGAAGACGAGCAUGUGUAUAGUUUCCCCAACAAGCAGCGAUCUGCAGAGCCUUCCCCCACUGUUAUGAGCUCCUCUCUGGGAAGCAAUUUGUCAGAGCUGGACCGUCUACUCCUGGAACUAAAUGCUGUGCAGCAAUCCCCAUCAAGUAGCCUAUCUGCAGAUGAUUUGUGCAGAAACAUCUCUCAACCUGUGGCUCCUACUGGUCUCACCAAUGUCUCGGACAACUCUGGUAUAAAGAUUACGCCGUCUUCAAAAGAAAAACCUAAACGCAAUGGUGCAAGAGGAAUUGAGGAUGUCCGUCCUAGUGUAGAAAGUCUCCUGGAUGAACUUGAGAGCUCUGUGCCCAGCCCAGUCCCAUCAAUCACUGUGACUCAAGGGGAGAUCAGCAACCCGCAGAGGGUCACUGCCAGCCAGCAGCAAACCAGAAUGUCCGCCUCGUCUGCCACUCGUGAACUGGAUGAACUCAUGGCCUCACUCUCUGAUUUUAAGACUUGUCGUCAUACUUUAUCUGGACCUGUAUCUGAUCUGCAUAAAAAUAGACCUAUAUCUCCUGCAAGCACUUUCUACACUACUUCCCUUUAUGCGGGGCAGCAGAGUGGGUCUGAUGCUCUCACACCCGUUAGUUCCACAGUUCUCCUGCACAUUGAUGAGGAGGAAAGCCCUGCCUUAAGUUCUCAUUUUAGGAAAGCAACUGUCCUCUCCAACCGUGCAGUAGAGACAGAUGGGGCUAAUAAAGAUCAGCCAGUUACCUGCCCAUUCAAUGCUUAUAGUUUAAGGACCGAUAUUUACCUGCCAAGCUUUCAUAAAAAGUCUCAAGUUAAGCAAAAAGAACUUGAUGUUUGUCCUAUAGAAUACACACAGUCAGAGCUUGCUGUCCAGUCUGAUGGUCCAGCUGAACUACAAUCUUCUUUGGAAAAAAAUACCUGGUCUUUGUGGGAACCUCAUGAGAACAUGAUUAUAAACAAUGAAGCUCUGUCAUCAGAAACCACACAUCAACCAUGUUCAGUCUCCUUGAGGAUUUCAGAUAAUGAACCUGGAAAUGAUCAUAAGUUUACAGAACACCCUGAUGAGCAAGUAAGCAGCAUAACCUCAGAUGGAGACUUUGGACAACAUUCAACAUUUGUAUUUCAUCCAGACCUAAAAACCAUUGAUGAUUCUUGGACACAGGAAUCGCAACAAAUUAUGUUUCCAGAGACUCCGGCACGAGAACGGAUCUCUGCCUUACGUCAGAUGAAAUCUGUGAUAAAAAGAACUAAAGAGAGUCCUAAUGUGCAUCCAAUGUCUCGUGACCUUUCUCCUCGACGGAAGUUUGGACCAGCUAUAUACAACAAGAGUCCAUCGCAAGAUCGUCUGAUUGAAGAGCUACAUGGGCGGUUUGGUAUAGACAAGCAAGAGACUUGCAAGACCCCAGAAGAUGAUUGGCUGACAGAGGGAGUCAUUAUUACUUCCCAGCCCACUAGAAAUGAGCGGUCCUCUCAACAGAGGAUAGAGAAGAUAAUUAUACCUCCAGAAUCUCCACAACUCAUGAGAAAAACAUUAUCUGUCACUACUUCUCAUCCCCGUAUUUUGCAGACAACUAGACUUGUGUCUAAAUCUACAUCCCCCGCACAACCCCCUCAUUAUCCUCCUCCUUUUUCUUCUUCCUUCUCCUCUACUACUACCACUGCUGCUUCUUUACUUCCACCUCCGGCCCCUCCUUUGCCCUUCAUUUUGCCUCCCCAGAAAACUCCUACUUUAAGUACACUUCCCCCUCAGCCAUCAUCUUCUUGGAAUAGCUAUAGUGAUGAUUAUCAGGAUCUGUCCAGGGCACUUCCUCCUCAGGAAGAAUCUAGAACUAUUUAUCAGGAUGAAGCUCCUGCCCCAUGGAACUUCACAUCAGCUCCUUCCAGAUCCCUACCUGCGCCGAAGUCCUGUAUCUCUGUGGCUUGCCAGACGGACAGUAAUCCACUCUUUCCACCUAUUCAGAUGAUGUCUCCUUUUGCCUCUACUAGUUCUGCAGCUUUUGCUGCACGUCCUCCACCGAGCCCUUCUCUACCUGACAAGUCACUGGUUUCUUUCCUUCCGGCCACACCUGCUUGGCCUCCCCAAGAAGACAAGGAUUUCAUGCCUGGUUGUGAUUACAGUAACGGCUUCUCUAGAUGCCAGACUUCAGUCAAUGACACACGUUUGAUCAUGUCCAAAGGGAUGCCUGUGAACAGCUCACCUCCUCCUUCCAGUGCUCCCAAACCAGGCAGUCAGCUGGACAACAUGCUGGGCAGUUUGCAGUCUGACCUUAACAAGCUGGGAGUGGCAACAGUAGCUAAGGGUGUUUGUGGUGCUUGCAAGAAACCAAUUGCUGGUCAGGUUGUCACAGCCAUGGGAAGGACUUGGCAUCCUGAACACUUUGUAUGCACACACUGCCAGGAGGAAAUUGGAUCACGUAACUUCUUUGAGCGAGACGGUCAGCCAUACUGUGAAAAGGAUUACCACAAUCUGUUCUCACCUCGCUGUUUUUACUGUAAUGGACCUAUACUGGAUAAAGUUGUGACCGCUUUAGACAGAACAUGGCAUCCUGAACAUUUCUUCUGUGCACAGUGUGGAGCAUUCUUUGGACCUGAAGGUUUCCAUGAGAGGGAUGGAAAGGCCUAUUGCAGGAAGGAUUAUUUUGAUAUGUUUGCUCCCAAGUGUGGCGGCUGCACACAUGCCAUCCUGGAGAACUACAUCUCUGCUCUGAAUACCCUAUGGCAUCCGGAGUGCUUCGUCUGCAGGGAAUGUUUUACUCCAUUUAUCAAUGGGAGUUUCUUUGAGCACGAUGGGCAGCCAUACUGUGAGGUGCAUUAUCAUGAGCGUCGCGGUUCCCUUUGUUCCGGCUGCCAGAAGCCCAUCACCGGCCGUUGUAUCACUGCGAUGGGGAAGAAAUUCCACCCAGAGCACUUUGUUUGUGCCUUCUGCCUCAAGCAGCUGAAUAAAGGAACCUUCAAGGAGCAGAACGACAAGCCAUAUUGCCAGAACUGCUUUGUCAAGCUCUUUUGUUAGAGAGCAUUGCACUGUAUCCAAACAUUUCACUCAUGAGAGUAUGAGCAGCUUUUGUGGGCAGCCAGGUUGGUUGAUAAAUGUCUGGACAUUGGUGGGAAUGGAGCAUAGGAGAUUAGAGAGAGAAUUCAUAUACUUCAUUCGUAUGUACUACUUCGUUGUAUUGUAAGGCACUCAUACUGUUGGUCACUAAAUAUCUUGUUUCAAGGAGGCUCCUUCUCAUUUCACAGUGGGCAGCACAAGGCCACUCAUGAGUUCAAGCUAUGAACCCUCUGUUCUCUAGGUUUGUAUAAUAUCCAUGACUAUAUGUCAUAAUUCAGUUUGUGCUGUUGGCUAUGCAGCACUUUAGAAAAAGACAAUCACAGAAUAUGAAGGGUAGUGUGUGUGCAAGAGGAGGACACAUUGUAACAUGGCUUAGGAUGGAGUCUGCUGUAGGUUCCCUUGAUUGGAAAGCCAGCUUGCUCUCGUAUGCUCUCCUGAAUGAGAUUGGCAGCUUUGAUUUGUAUUGGUUAAGCUGUGUUAUAACAGGGCCGAAUUUGGGAAUUACAGCAAUAACAUUUUCUACUGACCGUUACUGGUAACGUGUCACCUGAAUGCUGAGCAGCUGAUCUCACUUCAGGAUUUUUUCUUCUUUUUUUAAUCACAGAUGACCCUUUUUGCUCAUUAAAAAAGUGAUAUUUCUUAUACUAUGUUUAAUUCAAUUUUAUUGAUAAAAUUGGCUUUUUAAAUAAAGUAUACACCUAUAUAAAUAUAUAAUACAUAAGCAAAGUGAAUCCAGUAGGACCGGAUUAUUUUGUGCUUUAACUAAACUUGGCUAUUAACAAUUCAGUAUUUUGUGUGGAAUUACUAUAUUAACAGUUUUGGAUAUAUGUUCAUUAAAAAGCAGUAUUUCAAAAUGAAGCAACUUCAGUAACCUAGAAAUAAUGCCAAAAUUCAAAAUGAUGCAAAUUGUGCAUUACCUACAAAGUUUAUAUUUCCUCGGGUUCUAGAGCCUAACACUCUUUCUGUAAAGAUGCAUGUUCAUGUGGGGGCAUUGUGCAACACCUGUGGCGAUCGUUUGUAUCCUGACCAGAAUCGUUCAAGGUUCGCUGUUAGCUGAACAUAAUUACUUUCAUCAGCAUGCACUGCACAUUGAAGCUAUGUUUGUUUGAAAUGCCAAAGAUUAUGCUGGGUUAGUUACUGUGCCCAAAAUGCCUUUACUUGGUAUAAUCCUAGAAUGUCCUGACACAAACCAUCCUAUUUUUUUAUUGUUAAUAAAAUAUACAUAUAUAUUGACAAAUAAAUGCCUAUAUGAUACUUUGAACUGUCCAUGGAUUUCAAGUGAAUGUCUUAUUUUAAAUGUGUUUACACUUCUAGCUCAGUAUCUUAGACCCAAAAUGUAAUUGGGUUUUCACUCAGUUUGAAAGCAUUUCUGUGUAGACAAACUGGAUGAAGGUAAAACAUUAUGUUCCUACUGUUGAGCAGUUUCUUGUGAAACUGUAUGUUGCAUUAUUGGAUCGCUGGCACAGUGGUUUGGAGUGUAGGAAUAAUGUUGGAGAUGGUGCGGUGGGGGAUGGUCAGUUUUGUUGCUUUGUAAUAAUGGGCACCAAAACUGCAAGUAUGAACAUUCCCAAAGUAGUUUGUCUGUGGCAUACUUAGAACUUGACCUCAGAAAAGGCUUAAAAAAAGAAAAGAAAAGAUAUUUUCUGAAAUAUGGUGUAGUCACCUUCCAUAUGGGUUUUCAAGACAGAAUCUAUAUUGCACCAUUUUAUUGUUGUCCUAGUUAAUUAUUCUGUAUUUUUUUUUAUUACCUCAUGGUUAAAACUUAAAUUGUGGUGACACAUUUCAUCUAAAGCUAAUGUACAGGGCCAAACAGGACUGCUGUGUCUGCGAGUUCAGUGCUCUCAAAGUUUCCUGUCAAAUUUGCUGUUUUGAUUGAACUGUAUUGUAGAUUAUAAUCCAAAUUUCUACUUCGGAAGUAAACAAUUAUUAAGUAAAUGCCUGAAUACAAACACCCCCCUUUUAUUUGUUUUUGGGGUUUUUUUGCAAUGCUUCCCCCACCACUUUCACACUGCUUUAUGUAACCUCUUGCUUCUUUGAAGAAUGGCAAUAAAUAAAAUUUACAAUUUGG